AUGUCCCUUGCGAGCGGCGCAUCCACGCAGCUAUUCAGCGACACUCCCGACCUUCAGCGCCGCCUUGACGAAGCGGCAGCCGACCGGCGCCCGGACGACUCCGCAGGCCCCGCGCCGGUGAAUAGCGGUCUUCCAGUCGCACCCCGUCACCCCGUUCCCGUCGCCCAAGAAGGGAAAAAUGUCGAUGCUCCAUCUGCGUCGCCCAUAUCCAUCGCUGAGCUCGAUGAGGUAUUGAGACGAGCAUCGCUCACCUCGCUCCCCGACGCGCGUCUCAUUGUCGCUCACCAUCGCCCUCCAAAGACCACAGAUCCCGCCGUCAUCCCUCUUCCUCACACCACCAGCCACCGAGACUUGGUCGGGGUGGUGCAGCGCACGGAAGAUGUCUGCUUCACUUUAUGCAUUCCCUUUCACGACAACCCCGCGCUGCCGCCCUCACCUCGCUUCAUUCAAUCACGGCUCAUCUGUCACAUUUACUAUGACCCAGCCAGCGACGACUGCGUCAUCGUGAAUAAGUCCACGGCCCUUUUCCUCCUCACAGGCAUCUGCCCAGAUCAAGGCCGAAAACCAUUGCACAAUGGCGAGGCUCGAGUGGUGCAGCCCGGGACGUGGAGGAUAUCCGUAGCCUAUGGCGCAGACUUCGCCGAGCAAGCCCUUGUAGACUUCCUCAUCCUGCGGAGACAAUUCAGCGUUACAAUCCACGAAGCCCCUCUUUCCCUGGCAAGUUCUAGGAAGCGAUCCGCUGCUGAUGCAGAAGAUGUAAGGCUAAAGAAACGAAGGCACGAGGGCGACAUCACGGAAAUCCUGCUUGCCGCAGCCCCAGAUGAUGAUGGGGCUGAUGAUGAUGCCGGGCUUAAGAUGACCUCAACCCGCACAGCCAGCAGACAGCUUGUGCAUACCAAGGGCACACCUCUUUUGGAUCUCGGCCGCGGAGAGGUGGCUGUCAUCCGCGGCCCACGCAGAAGCCACGGCGAUGUCAGCACUGAGGGUUCGGCCAUGUACGACCUGCGCCGACUCGAAAAAGUUGCCGACACCCCAUCAGCGAGUCUCUUCACCGGCCGUCACUCAGGAUUACCUGUUGAUGUCGUCGCCAAAGUCAUCAGAUACACCGGCAAGACGGCCGUCGACCUGGUCAAAUGCGCCCGGAGCUGGCAGCAGGAGAAGACUGUCCUGGAGAAGUUGCAUCACGCGAACAUCAUCUCACUCAAAGCAUUCGACGGCCGUCUCUUCGCCAUGUAUGUGGAGCGCCUCCCAGGAUCCCUCAACCGCGGCGAAUCGUCGCCGUUCGCACCCCACGAGGCGCGGACGAUCCUCCGGGACGUUGCAUCAGCCCUGUCGUACAUCACCGCUCAAAACAUUGCCCAUAACGAUAUCAAGCCUGCAAAUAUCGCCUACUCGCCGGAACGUGGCGCCGUCCUCUUAGAUUUCGGGCUUGCCACGGCCUUGAACGUGCCGGCGAUGCUCGGGGGCACGCCAUGGUACAUCCCACCCGACCUCAUUACCAGGCAGAGCAGAGGUGCGCCGGGAGAUAUAUGGGCGUUGGGAGUGACGAUGCUUUACGUGCUUGCCAAGGUGAUACUGCCGGAGCGGACCAUGAGAGGCUGGUUGAUUCGAGAGGUGAUGACCGAGAACAGCGAAGCGCGAGCGAAGAUGAUACAGUGGUUGGAUGUUGUGCAGGCAGAAAGGGAGAGCCUGGCGUCCUCGGAUGUCGUGGAAAACAUUGUUUACAAGAUGUUGGAUCCUACAGCGAAGUCGAGAAUUGAUGCCUCGCAGAUAGUGGCGGCUCUGGCCGAUGCUCGUCCAUAA